AUACUUUUUUCCCUAUGCGAAAAGUGUACGCGUGGGACGAACAAAACUCAACAUAUCCGAGGAAGAGAACAAUCAAUUGUGAUUUUCGUUCUCCACUUCACUCCUCCAAGUCUCUGAUGGUCAUUGAUGCCUUGUCUCCACUGAAUCCUAAGCGGAGAAGGUUCACCAACGCUUAUUCCAUGGCCAAUCUUGCAGAUAUGAAUGAAAGGUUUGGGCGAGAGAUUCGUGUUUUUGAAACGUCACCAGUUUCUCCAUCAUUAAAUGCUGCACCGAGUAACGAAGGAGAUGAGACAGAUGAUUUCUAUGUCUUCACCCUAGAACACUAUUACCAACUUCUAGCUGCUAAAAGGGAAGAAAACGAUAAUAACCUAACUACCAAAGUACCUUAAAGGCUGGCGUAGAUUGUUCAAGCAUUCUGGUACUGUCAGAGAAUGGGGUCAGGUCAAUGGCAUGUUGAAAAGAGGUGCUUUAGCAGUGAAUCUCCCCAAUCAAUGGAUCUCGAAAAUGGACCUGAAACUGGGUCACUCUCCAUAGUUGUGCUUGGUGCUUCUGGUGAUCUUGCUAAGAAGAAGACAUUUCCAGCAUUAUUCCACCUUUACCGCCAGGGAUUCCUACCAGCAGAUGAAGUUUCUAUUUUUGGAUAUGCAAGAACAAUAAUCUCUAAUGAUGAAUUAAGAGAGCGCCUACGUGGCUAUCUUGUUCGGGACAAAGAUGCUUCCUCUGAAGAGUUGGAGGUUGUAGCAAAGUUUUUGCAUCUGAUCAAAUAUGUAAGUGGCCCAUACGAUUCAGAGGAUGGCUUCCAUUUGUUGGAUAAAGAGAUUUUGGAGCAUGAAUCUUUGAAAACUAGUGCAAAGGGUUUAUCUCGACGGCUUUUCUAUCUCGCUCUUCCACCUUCAGUAUAUCCAUCUGUUUGCAAGAUGAUCAAGACUUGCUGCAUGAACAAAUCUGAUGGUGGAUGGACACGUGUUGUUGUUGAGAAGCCAUUUGGUAAAGACUUAGAAUCUGCAGAGCAACUCAGUACCCAGAUUGGGGCAUUGUUUGAGGAGCCUCAAAUUUACCGUAUUGAUCACUACUUGGGAAAGGAACUAGUACAGAAUAUGUUAGUACUUCGUUUUGCAAAUCGCUUGUUCUUGCCUCUUUGGAACCGUGACAACAUUGCUAAUGUGCAGAUAGUCUUCAGGGAAGAUUUUGGAACUGAAGGCCGAGGUGGAUAUUUUGACCAGUAUGGAAUUAUUCGAGAUAUAAUUCAAAACCAUCUACUUCAGGUUUUUUGCUUGAUUGCUAUGGAAAAACCUGUUUCUCUCAAGCCUGAACACAUUCGAGAUGAGAAAGUGAAGGUUCUUCAAUCAGUAGUUCCUAUUAAAGAUGAGGAAGUUGUCUUAGGACAAUAUGAUGGCUAUAGGAAUGACCCAACCGUACCUAACAAUUCAAACACACCAACUUUUGCAUCUGUUAUUCUCCGAAUAGACAAUGAAAGAUGGGAAGGUGUUCCUUUCAUAAUAAAAGCUGGGAAGGCCCUGAAUUCAAGAAAGGCAGAGAUACGAGUUCAAUUCAAGGAUGUUCCUGGUGAUAUAUUCAAGUGUCAAAAGCAGGGGAGAAAUGAGUUUGUCAUACGCCUGCAACCUGAAGAAGCUAUGUACAUGAAGCUGACGGUCAAGCAACCUGGACUCGAGAUGUCAACGGUGCAAAGUGAACUAGAUUUGUCGUAUCGACAACGCUAUCAAGGAGUAAAAAUUCCAGAGGCUUAUGAACGUCUAAUUCUUGAUACAAUUAGAGGUGAUCAGCAACAUUUUGUUCGGAGGGAUGAGUUGAAGGUAGAUUGUAGGAGGAUUAUUACAUUCUUUAUAAACUAUUGCAACCGAGUCUGUUAUGAAAUCACUUCUCUUAUAAAUUUAAACUAAUAAGAGGAAGAAUAUAAAUUAGAGUAAAUGUCUUUUCUGGUCCCUAACUAUUUGACCGACGGACUUCCCACCCCCUAAGAAAUCUAAAAACCCAAAUCAGUCCCUAUCUACUUUGAUAAAUGUACGUUCCAGUCCUGGUUAUGGACCGGAAAAAGCAUUUACUCAAAGUAGAUAGGAAUUGGAACGUACAUAUAUCAAAAUAGAUAGGGACCGAUUUGGGUUUUUAGAUUUCUUAGGGGGUGGGAAGUCCAUCGGGCAAAUAGUUAGGGAUUGCAAAGAGUAUUUACUCUAUAAAUUAUUAUAU